AGAAGCAUUUGGAUGUUUGAUUCUAGACUCAAUCUCACAGGGUGGAACACUUUUUUGCCGUCUCCUUAUCCAAUUUACAAGCUCUACCUCUAUUUUCUCGCUCCCAUGAGUAUUAUCUUUUUGUAGUUUUUUAGCCUCAUGCUUUUUUCUGGGCACCACUCAAUUUAUGAUUACUGCUACGAAAUAGAAGGAUGGACGCCUUCUUCGAAACAUGUUGGAGGGUCCAUCUUAUCUCAUCUCAAGGGACUUGCCUAGCUCUUGCGAACAAGAGAGCAAAUGGGUUUAUAAUACUUUCCGUGUUAUCGAGCUGACGAAUAAGAAGCAUCUAUUAGAAGAUAGGGAAGAACCUUCGGUGAGAAAGUCAUGCAAGUUGUCGGAUGAUGCUGACAAGGGAGGGGAAGAUGUAGACCUUCAAGUAGUUGACGAUCAGGAUAAGCAGCAUUGCGGUGGAGACCAGUCAGAUUCAAGUUCGCUGGUCCAGCAACUUGGUCGGGAUAUGUCAAUUAAUUGUCUCCUUCUCUGCUCAAGAUCAGAUUAUGGCUCAAUUGCCUCGUUAAAUCGAGACUUCCGGUCUCUAAUUCAGAGUGGGGAACUUUAUAAACUACGGAGGCAGAUGGGCAUCAUUGAACAUUGGAUCUACUUCUCUUGCAGCCUUCUUGAAUGGGAUGCAUAUGAUCCAAACUGUAAGCGUUGGAUGCGUCUGCCAAUAAUGGUAUCAAAUGAAUGUUUCAUGUCAUCAGAUAAGGAAUCCUUGGCUGUUGGUACUGAGCUUCUUGUUUUUGGAAAGGAAACAGUUUCCCAAGUUAUAUAUAGAUAUAGUAUUUUAACUAACACAUGGUCAUCAGGGAUGAAUAUGAACACACCCAGGUUUCUGUUUGGCUCUGCCAGUCUUGGUGAAAUUGCAAUACUAGCUGGUGGUUGCGAUCCACUGGGGAACCUCCUGAACUCAGCUGAGCUGUACAAUUCUGAGACAGGAACUUGGGUCACUCUUCCUAGGAUGAACAAAGCAAGGAAGAUGUGCUCGGCAGUAUUUCUCAAGGGAAAGUUCUAUGUGAUUGGUGGAACUGGGGCAGGUAACACAACUCUUACUUGUGGUGAAGAAUACGAUUUGAAGACUCGGGCAUGGCGUGAGAUACCUAACAUGUAUCCUGGACGAAAUGCUGGAGAUGGGGCUGCUGUGCCAGCUGCUGCAGUUGAGGCACCUCCUUUGGUUGCAGUUGUAAAUGAUAACUUGUAUGCUGCAGAUUAUGCACAUAGAGAGGUUAAAAGAUAUGACAAGGCAAGAAACUUGUGGGUGGCAAUAGGCUGUUUGCCCGAGCGUGUGGUCUCAACAAAUGGUUGGGGAUUAGCAUUUAGGGGUUGCGGAGAUCGACUAAUCGUCAUCGGUGGACCAAGGGCCUUAGGUGGACGUAUGAUUGAGAUAUACUCUUGGGCCCCAGAUGAAGGGCAGCUGCAAUGGGGUGUGCUUGCCAGCAGGCCAUUGGGUAAUUUUGUUUAUAAUUGUGCAGUCAUGGGAUGCUGAGGCAACCUUCUCUGGUGUCUGGAGUCAUUUCAUAAAGGACUUCAUGAUCCUCACUUUUCAAGGCAAUUAGCUAUCUCUGCCUGCCUUCUGAUGUUGUGGAAAUGUGCGGUGAUAUUUAAACAGAUAGAAUAGGUCCAAUUGAAUUGAAGAAGGUAGAAUGUUUCUCUUGUUUCUAUUUGAUUGCAUUUUCUCCCCUGUUUUCCCAUUGUUAUGAGAUAUUCUCAAAUGUCCGUGUCAUUUAGAACAGUCAAACAAAUAAACUCAAGUGAUGAUGCAUGUUUUUAGGUUGUUUUUACUAUUUGCACAAGUUCAAAUCGAACUUAUUGAAUUGUGAAGUGGAAUAAUUUUGUUAUA